GUUUAUUAUUAUAAAUAUAAUCAUUAUUAACGAAUAUAUUGCAUUUUGUUAUAAAACAAUGUAAACAAUCACGAAUGUUUUGGAACUCUGAAAAACAUGAACCAUCAAGGACAAAAGAUUCCUUUACGAAAUUCUAACGUUGUAAAUUUAAUUUGUAAAAAUGAAGUAAUUCUAGAAGCCAACAAAAAUUACCUUCUGAACAAUAGUUCCGUUUUUCGAUACCAGAUAGUUAAAGCUACCUUGGAACACAAGAGUUGUCUGCAAUUGAACUAUAAUGACGACAUAGUAACAGAAAUGUUAAAUUUCUUCGAAAGUGAUGAUGUUAAAUUCGAUAAUUUAGAAAAGGCGAAAGAAUUGUUUAAGUUAUCUCAAAGCUACGAAAUCGUAAAAUUAAAAAGAAAAUGUAGAAAAUAUUUACUUAAGAAACUCAGUAUCCGUAAUGUUUGCGGAUUACACGAUUUGGCUUAUGAAGCUAACGAUCAAAUAAUUCAAUAUAAUUGCUGGAAGAUGUUCGACCGAGCGGCCGAUUCUAUUUUCAUCACAGAAGAUUUUAUGAAUUGCUCCGUCGCUACUGUUUUCCGAUUAGUUUCUCGUCCAAUUUCAACAAUAAGAAACGAAUUAUAUUUGUUUCUUGGCAUUUAUGAAUGGGCAUGUCGCAGAAAUGAACGGUCUGAAUUUAGACAAAAUAUCCGCUUUUACAUGUCGCCGUUUCUUCCUUAUAUACGAUUUCUAUCGAUGGACCGAUCCGAUUUAGAACAGAUAGUUUUUCUAUUAAAUGUUCUUAAUCAAGAAGAAAUUCAAAGUAUUCGUGAUUAUAAAGAAAAACAAUGGAAUGACUCGAUGAAAAAUUUCCCAAAAAUGAUAAAUAAAAAUUCAAUGUCUAGAAUACCUGCAAUAUAUUAUAGUUUAUUCGAAUACAAGAAUCGAAAGUUAAUAAAGAAACGUUCUAGAAAAUUAAAUGAUAAAAACUAUUUCAAAAGUGAAUUUAUCGUAAAAGAGGAUUGCUUCUUAAUUAGCAUUCAAAUUCCAAUUGAUUAUAAUCGAGAUAAAAAAUUAAAUGUUGUCGUUAACUUCACAACACACGAUAUAUCCAGUGAAUACGCAGAAUGUGAUAAUUCGGGGAAUAUAUUUCUAAGAAGACCAAAAUUUAUUUGUAAAUGUAAUCAAAGUCACGAGGUCGAAGUUCGGAUUCCUCCAGAGGAACGAAUCAAUCAUCCCGAUAUAAAGGUUCGAUCAAAUUCUGAUUUAUAUCUGGCAAAAAUUCAAAAGGAAUAUCGUUUCUUGUCAAGAAAAUUUUACAGAAUUAAAAUAAAUAAAAACGUCAUAUUUAUGGAAGUGACAUUUUGGUUUUAAAGUUAAU